GUCAGCGGUACCACGCCAACCAGAAACAAUGGCACCAUCAUUCAGCCUGGGGUCAACAGCAUGAUUUGGCUGGAUAUGCCGUUUCCGUUCGAGUACAAGCCGUCCAACUGGUGUCACACGGGGUAUACCCACAUCUCUGUCUGGCUGAUGGAUCACAUACCCGGCGCUGAGGAUCUGGACGGAUCAGGAAAGCCACUGUAUGCCCAGCACCAUUUCGGAGACUGGACGAUGUCCAACUACGCUCAUCUGCCUGACGCACCGGACAAAGCCCCGAAUGUGCUGUAUCUUCGUCGAGAUGGCC